ACGCACGUCUCUUAUUCUCGCCGAGAACAUGGCAGCGGGCAAGGUGUUCCAGUUCAAGUUGGUGCUACUGGGCGAGGCUGCGGUGGGCAAGUCAUCGCUCGUGCUGCGUUUUGUCAAGGGCCAGUUUCAAGAGUUCCAGGAGUCGACGAUCGGCGCGGCGUUCCUGACGCAGUCUGUCUGCCUUGACGAUGUGACGGUCAAGUUUGAGAUUUGGGACACGGCCGGUCAGGAGCGGUACAACUCGCUGGCGCCGAUGUACUACCGCGGGGCGCAGGCGGCCAUUGUGGUGUAUGACAUCACCAACGCAGACACGCUGGCGCGGGCCAAGGCCUGGGUCAAGGAGCUCCAGCGACAGGCCUCGCCCAACAUUGUCAUUGCGCUGGCGGGUAACAAGUGUGAUCUGGCCUCGAAGCGCGCCGUCGACGACGAGGAGGCAGCGCAGUAUGCGGAGGACAACGGCCUGCUGUUCCUGGAAACGUCGGCCAAGGGUGCCAUCAACGUCAACGAGAUCUUUAUCGCCAUUGCCAAAAAGCUGCCCAAGAACACCGUCGAGACCCGACCAGCCAAGCCGGUUGUCCAGAUCGAUGAGCCGUCGUCGUCCAAGAAGAAGGGCUGCUGCUGAUGCUGCCCGACAUGUACUCCCUCACCCUCGCCCCCUACCAUCCCCCCCCCCC